AAUAUGGAAUAUAACUAAUUGUCCAAGUACUCUGUGAAAAGUCGCUAAUUCAGAAGAAACGUGUUAUGGAGAAGAGUCACUAAUUCAGAAAAGUCGCUCACAUUCGUAUCGUUUGCUAACACUGGAACAACUUUGAUCCGACGUCGUUCCACCCUACUCCUCCAACAUCUCCGCCGUCUAUCACCACCACUCGCCACCGUUGACUCCCGGUUCCAGCAGUAGAGGAUGAGCUCGGAAUCUUCUGACUCUACUAAUGUGCCAGAUACCAAGUCUGCAGAAAAAAAUAUGUCAACUCCUGUGGAAUCUGAUCCAAAUAAUUCUGAACGUGAUGCACCAUCGAAAUUCUCAGCUUCUGGAAUCUCCACUUGGGCAAAAAAUCUGAAAAUCCCCCAGCCAUUUACUGGAACACAGGAACCAUCACCUUCUGGAAACUCUGGGAAGUCGACCUUUUCACGUUUUACUAGUGGUUUUGGAUUGUCUCCCAAGUCUCCUCAAUCAGAAGAAAGUUCUGGUGCUGCUUCACCAACUACGCCAACGGGUAUAUUUGGAACCAUUACAAAAGGAUUAGUCGACUCAUCUAAGAAUGCAGUCAAGGCUGUGCAGGUCAAAGCCCGCCAUGUUGUAUCUCAAAAUAAGCGAAGAUACCAGGAUGGAGGAUUUGAUCUAGACAUGACCUAUAUCACAGAGAAUAUAAUUGCAAUGGGCUUCCCCGCUGGUGAUAUGAGCUCUGGUUUUUUUGGAUAUGUUGAGGGAAUAUAUCGUAACCACAUGGAGGAAGUAAUUAGAUUCUUUGAAACUUACCACAAGGACAAAUACAAAGUGUACAACCUUUGUUCUGAAAGAUUAUAUGAUGCCUCUUUAUUUGAGGGAAAGGUUGCUAGUUUUCCAUUUGAUGACCAUAACUGCCCUCCUAUUCAACUGAUCAUCGCAUUUUGCCGAAGUGCAUAUUCAUGGUUAAAGGAAGAUAUUGAAAAUGUCGUGGUCGUGCAUUGUAAAGCUGGGAUGGCCAGGACAGGAUUGAUGAUUUCUAGUCUUCUUCUGUAUCUGAAGUUCUUCCCCACAGCUGAAGAAUCAAUCGACUAUUACAAUCAGAAAAGAUGUAUUGAUGGUAAAGGGCUUGUUCUGCCGAGCCAGAUCAGAUAUGUCAAGUAUUUUGAACGCAUUCUAGCUUACUUCAAUGGGGAAAACCAGCCGGGUCGUAGAUGCAUUCUUAGAGGAUUCCGGCUGCAUAGAUGCCCGUUCUGGAUUAGGCCGUCCAUUACAGUAUCUGAUCAUAAUGGUGUGCUCUUCUCGACCAAAAAGCACCCAAGAACCAAAGAUUUAUCGUCGGAAGAUUUUUGGUUUAGUGCACCUAAGAAAGGAAUUAUGGUGUUUGCCCUUCCCGGAGAACCUGGCCUAACAGAGUUGGCUGGUGAUUUCAAGGUCCAUUUUCAUGAUGGCCAAGGAGACUUCUAUUGCUGGUUGAAUACAACAAUGAUUGAAAAUCGUAAAGUCUUAAACACAGGUGAUCUCGAUGGAUUUGAUAAGCGAAAAUUGCCAUCACCCGGCUUUCAAGUUGAAGUAGUUCUUGUGGAUUAUGAUCCCGCUGCUGCUCCUGCAAAGCCUCCAUCAGAGACCAGUGAAAAUUCUGGUGCCAAUUCAGCGCCAAAACCAACCCAUGGUCCAGUCGAGGAACCCACAGCUGCAGCUGCAGCUGCGAAGGACUCAAAGAAAGAUAAAGACGAUGAGUUCUCCGACAGCGACUCUGAGGAAUCCACGCCCUCAAAAUCCAGCCAAACUGGAGCCUCUUCCCAAUCUCCUGGAUCUGUGACUGCAAAAGAUGCCCCAGCUCAGAGCAAUGCCGAUCUGAAUGAAAUUGCAAAUUUGACACGCAAGACUGAACAGGUCGCUUUAGGAUCUUCAGCUGCUACGCCUGCUGGGACGGGGAAGGAAACUGGCAGCUCAGUCGGGGAGGUAAGCGAGUUCAAGGCGAUGGCUGCUGAUGCAUCGAUAUUUACGUUUGGUGACGAGGAUGACGAUGAAAGCGACUAAGGGGCAGUAUGGAAGGCCUCUCUGUACAUAUACACUAUGGCUGUGAAUAUUCUAUACUGCAUGCUAUUCAUUAAUUUCAUUACAAGUUGGUGGUUUGAAUAUGAACUUUUAUCUGUUGUUGCCCAGGAAAAUGUAUCAUUACAUAUUUUAACUUUUACUUUUCACACUUGGAAACUUUUACGAAUUUGCUUGGUAUUUCAACUGAAAUUAUUCAAGUUUUAAUUAUUUCUA